AAGCCAGGCCAGGCAACCCACAACACAAGGAGAAGGGGAAGGGCGGCGAGGGAAGGGCUCCGCGUCGUGUCCCUUCUCUUCCUCCUCCUCCUCCUCCUCUCUCCAACACCCCAUCCAUCAGCGCUGCCCUCCGCAUUGCUCUUGAUCCCAUCCAGUACAUCGAUUCUCCCCCCAAGAUCAAAGGCCGGAGGAGGAAGAAAGGUUAGGGAGUCGGCCAUGGGAUGCUUUUCAUGCUGCUGUGUGGCAGAUGACGACAACGUUGGCAGGAGGAAGAAGCAUGACGAUCCCUAUGUUCCUAUCCCUGCUCAUGUUUAUAAUUUUGGACCUAGCCGGUUCCCAGCCCCAACCCCUGUCAUCUCCACUGGCAGAGCUCAGCCAAUUGCAGUACCGGCCAUUCAUCUGGAAGAGCUGAAGGAAAUUACAAAAAACUUCAGCAGUGAUGCCCUCAUUGGCGAGGGCUCGUAUGCCAGAGUCUAUUUUGGUGUGCUGAAAGAUGGGACGAAAUCUGCAGUGAAGAAGCUUGACUCCAGCAAACAGCCUGAUCAAGAAUUCCUUGUGCAGGUUUCAGCUGUCUCAAGAUUGAAGCAUGAGAAUGUUGUCCAACUCGUCGGAUACUGCGCCGAAGGGAGCACCCGCGUCCUUGCUUAUGAGUAUGCAACUAGGGGAUCAUUGCAUGAUAUCCUCCAUGGUAAAAAGGGUGUCAAAGGAGCCCAGCCAGGGCCAGUCCUGUCAUGGAUGCAGCGAGCUAGGAUUGCCGUAUGUGCUGCUCGGGGUCUCGAGUUCCUCCACGAGAAGGCCGAUCCUCGAGUGGUCCACCGCGACAUCAAGUCAAGCAACAUACUGCUCUUUGACCAUGAUGUUGCGAAGAUCGGGGACUUCGACAUCUCAAACCAGGCCCCUGACAUGGCUGCGCGCCUCCACUCUACUCGCGUUCUUGGCACCUUUGGCUACCAUGCACCAGAAUAUGCCAUGACUGGACAGCUUAGCACGAAGAGUGAUGUCUACAGCUUUGGAGUUGUGCUGCUGGAGCUUUUAACCGGUCGCAAGCCAGUUGACCACACACUGCCCCGUGGCCAGCAGAGCCUUGUGACAUGGGCUACACCGAGGCUUAGUGAAGACAAGGUGAGGCAAUGCGUCGAUCCAAGGCUCGGAGACGAAUACCCUCCAAAGGCUGUAGCCAAGAUGGCUGCUGUGGCCGCCCUCUGCGUGCAAUACGAGGGUGAAUUCCGUCCCAACAUGAGCAUCGUCGUCAAGGCUCUGAACCCCUUGCUGCACAGCCGGUCUGGCAACCGCCCUACUGCCUCGUCGGCCUCCCACGCUGCCGAGCGAUCCGGACUGUGAUUUCUCAUCGCUGCGACAACUUUGGGUUCACGAAAAAGGACCGUCUUGUGGAGCGUUGGUGUUGCUGUGUCGUGACUGCCAAAGCCUUGGCGCAGAGAAGAGCUUUGCCAUGCAGCUGUGUAUUGUAAAUUGUUUUGUAAGCGAUGCGCCUCCUGGUUUGUGUGCCCUGUCAUCAUCCUAUUCUAUUCUAGAAAAUGGUGUACGAUGGAUCAUGGAUGAUACCAACUAUUUGGUCUCUUUUGGAAUGCGAAAAUGCAGCACUUGGCUUC